CGCGUGUGUCAUCAUUGACUGAGAAUCAGCUGAUCCUUCCAGUCUAUUUUCACGAUUCUGUCACGACACUUCAUGCCAUGUUUUGUGCGUUUUUAAACCUGUAGGCUUUUCGAAAACAUUUCUAAAAUCAAGUUAACAUUUAGACGUCUUUCCGUCUUCGUGACACGAGCGUUUUUCAGUCGGUGGAGUUUAAAAUCCUCUUACAGCAGCCCCAGCAGCAGUCAUGGCGCUCAGCGAUGCCGACGUCCAGAAGCAGAUCAAGCACAUGAUGGCCUUCAUUGAGCAGGAGGCCAAUGAAAAAGCAGAGGAGAUUGAUGCAAAGGCGGAGGAGGAGUUCAACAUUGAGAAAGGCCGACUGGUUCAGACUCAGCGUCUGAAGAUUAUGGAGUAUUAUGAGAAGAAGGAGAAACAGAUUGAACAGCAGAAGAAAAUUCAAAUGUCCAACCUAAUGAACCAGGCCAGACUGAAGGUCCUGAAGGCCCGUGAUGACAUGAUUUCGGAUUUGCUAAAUGAUGCACGUCAGCGACUAGCGAAUGUAGCUAGAGAUCCAUCCAGAUAUGCGGCUCUGAUGGAUGGACUUGUCCUGCAGGGUUUUUACCAGCUCCUGGAACCCAAAGUAACCAUCCGUUGCCGCAAACAGGAUGUGGGCAUAGUGCAGGCUGCUGUGCAGAAAAACAUUCCCAUCUACAAGGCAGCAGUGAAGGACAAUCUUGAAGUGCGCAUUGACCAGGAGAACUUCCUCUCUCCAGAAGUCUCUGGUGGUAUUGAGCUGUAUAAUGCUGAUGGGAAGAUCAAAGUGUCCAACACUCUGGAGAGCAGGCUGGGCCUUAUCGCACAGCAGAUGAUGCCUGAAAUACGAGUCGCCCUAUUUGGCCCAAACCAGAACCGCAAGUUCAUGGACUAAUCCUCACUCACACAAAACCACGGCAGAACGCAACUGUUUGAUGUUGUACUUUUAUUUUUAUUCUGAUGUUAAAGACUCCAUUCCUAUGUCUGUCUGUAUUUAAAAAAUAUCAUGUGAAUGUUUGUGUUCUGUAUGUCGUGAUUAAUUAAUGCUGUAAAAAGGAUCAAAAUAGUGUUUCGAUUGGCUGCUAGAACUCCGGUCCAUAACAUCUCAUGGUUGUGAUUCUGAGUGCAGCUGUAAUAUAACACUGUUAUGACUGAGCACAGUCUUAAACUGAUGUAGAAAUUC